AUGCGAAUCCCUGCCCGAGAUCAUAAAUCCACAAGCUGCCGGACACGAGCGCGAAGGGACAUCCUUCCCUUUCUCCGCUGCGACCUUGGACCCCGACAUGAAUGCCUCUACAGAGAAAAGCAUUCCUCGGACUCUAAAGUGUUGGUGCACUUUGUAAAUCAGUCGGGGGUAAAGAGCAGCGUGUUUGUCACAGAGGGAGAGACUCCUCUAGAUGUUGUCAUCAAGAAAAAUCUUGACAUCAGCGGCUUUGGAGCACGUGAGGGCACUCUGGCCUGUUCCACCUGUCACCUGAUAUUUGAGGAGAGUGUGUAUGACAAACUGGAACCAAUAGUGGAUGAAGAGGUUGACAUGCUGGAUUUAGCUUAUGGACUCACCAAGACAUCUCGUUUGGGGUGUCAGGUGUCUGUGGAGCACUGGAUGGACGGAAUGACAGUUAACGUUCCGCAAGAGAUCAAUGAUCAACAAGGAAAACAAGAGGCAGUGAGCAGCAAAUGA